AUGUCGACUUGCAACGAUUUGAACGACGCAGACUCCUCGCCGAAACUGCGAAUGAAACCAGCAAUCAGUAGAAUUUUUUGCUGCAGCGUUACAGCCGCUUCUGGCUUCAUAGCCGCUUAUGCUUUGGUUGCUUACGCGAUAGCGCUAAUAUAUGAGAUAGUGUGGGUGGUGGAGUCGCAGAGCGGGCUGCCAGUCGCCUCUGCACUGCUGAUGGUGUGCUACUGCAUCGUAAUCGCAGCCACAGUCACCUUGGUGCACGGACUCAUCUCCAAAAACAACACGUACCUCCUGGCGUGGUUGAUAGCGGUAAUAUUGGUGCUGAUACCGGAAUGCGCGCUAGUAUUCUACAUGUCAAUUAGUCAUUGGGGUCUUCAAGGCGUGUACGGCGGCGCUGAGCUCGCGUGCUACGUGGCUCGUCUCCCGGCCAUCGUUUGUGGCGUCGUGCUAGUUCAGUCUGCGUACGCACUCAGAGAGGCCAGGAAAGCGGGGUACGAAAAUGGCGCUCCUGUAAGCGGUAGCGAGUUCGACGCCAGCCACUACGUUCCAGACGCUCCGAGCGCCUUCACCAAUGACGGUUUUCUCCCCGACAACGGCAAAUCGGGCUCAAUGCCCGACCUUCGUCGGCACUUGUCGACGCGACAGUCCGUCGGGCACGGCUACCCGGUAGUGCUGCAGCAGCCGCCGCCCGCGUACUGGCAGCACCUGUGCGAGCGACAGUACGCGGCGAGCCUGCGCGGACAUCCGAAGCGGCACGCGGCGCGGAUGUACGGCUCCUGGGUGGGCCCUAGAUCCGCGCACGAGGACCCGUACCGGCGGCGGCACUCGGUCGUCGGCGCGUUCGGCGCGGACGAGUACCCGAUCAAGGGGUACGACGACGAGCGCGCGGACUGCAAGAGCGAGCUCGCGUACCCGUACCGCUCGCCGUACCAGUACGAAAUGCGGCCGCCGUACCCGCCCGACUACUUGCCGCACUUCUACCCGGACUACGAGCGCGAGGAGGCCACGUACGGCGUCAACCUGCUGCGCCACGAUCCGUACCGCUUCGGCGGAUCUAGGGAGCGCGUGUUCUACGACUUGCGCAACAGCCACACGUCUGUGGGCAACGAGUCCGACGAUUUGACCAAGUAUAAGGACGUCGCUCUG